AUGUCGAAACACGAUCGAGUGAAAUCGGGUGGCUUUCUGGAUACGUUGCUCGGCCGACCACACAAGAAGCUUGGUCGGCAUGGAGGGAGUGGGGUCCUUAACGGGGGCCGUCCACUGUCCGGCCCGGACGCGGAUCUGGUAUCCAUGAUCGAACCGAACGAAACACAUCGACUAAGCGAGGCGGAAGUCAACAAACUGUUUCUCGAAAUACUCGAGGACAUGAACAUUCCGAAGGACAAGCGCGAUCCGCUGCUGGGCAAACCGCUCGAGGAGAAGCGCAAGAUGAUCGAUAUGCAUGUGAAAGGUAAAAUAUCCGCCGAACAUCGCGGUAAUUCACGGUUCGAAAAACCCUCGGACUAUGUGCAGUACCUUCACGAAGGCGACUAUUCAAACCGAUCAAGCAAGCUGCUCGGAUGUUUGGAGAGUCUUCGCGUGGCAUUGACCAGCAACCCCAUCAGCUGGAUCAAGGACUUUGGCGAGGAUGGCAUCAACGAAAUCGUUACCCUGCUACGGUACUGCAAAUCGGGCCCGCGACGAAUGUACAAGAUCGAGUACGAAUGUUUACGAUGUCUGAAGGCGAUCCUCAACAACUCCUGGGGUCUGAACGUUAUUCUCACGCCGGAUCAGCACGCGGUUGUGCUGCUGUUGGCGCAAUGUGUCGAUGCCACCAACCCGCAGACGAUGUGCGAAGCGAUAAAGCUACUGUCCGCCUUAACACUGUUGAAGGAUCGUAACGGGUACGAGAAGGUACUGCGAGCGAUCACCAAUGUCAGCUCGAUGCGAAAGCCUGGUUCGGAUCGAUUUCGUCCGAUUGUGGAGGGUUUGUUUUUGGAUCACGAUCGUAACUACGAGCUGACCUGCAGCACGAUGAUCUUCAUCAACUGUCUCAUCAACUCACCGACCGACAUUAACUUCCGGCUUCAUUUGCGGUGUGAAAUGAUGCGCGCCGGUCUGUACGAACGGAUCGAUCAGCUGUCGGAGAUGGUGGAGAAGAGCGGUAACGAGAAUCUGGUGAAUCACUUCAAGAUCUUCAACGGCUACCGGGAAGAUGAUUUCGAGGAGUUUUCCAAUCGGUUCGACAAUGUGCGGCUCGAGCUGGAUGACAUGAAUGAUUGUUUCGAACUGCUGCGGAGCCUGGUCGUGGACACGAGUUGCGAGCCGUACUUCCUGUCGAUUCUGCAGCAUUUGUUGUUUAUCCGUGACGAUCACCAGUAUCGGCCGGCCUACUUUAAGCUAAUCGAGGAAUGCGUUUCACAGGUCGUACUGCACAAGAGUGGGUACGAUCCGAACUUUGAGAGUCGCGAUUUCCACAUAGACACCAGCACACUGCUGGACGAUAUGGCGGAAAAGACGAAACAGAUGGAAAGCAAAAAGUCGGAAGACUUCGAGAAGCGUAUGACCGAGCUGCAAACUGCGCGACAGGAAGCGGAAGCCCGUGUAGCCGCCCUCGAGGAUCGGCUGAAAGAGAUCGAAGCGACCGGCGUUGUCGUGUCGCCGAAGGGUAAAAGUAAACUACCUCAAAUCAACAUUCCUCCGCCACCGCCCGGUCUGCUACCCGGUGUACCUGGAACGGUGGCAGCACCACCUCCUCCACCCUGCCCGGGAGCAAUUCCAGUUAUGGUAGGUGGUGCACCAGCACCACCACCUCCACCCUUCCCGGGGGCUAGCGGUGGUCCCCCACCUCCCCCUCCCAUGCCCGGUAUGGGCGGUGGUCCACCCCCUCCCCCGCCGAUGAUGAUGAUGGGCGGUGGUGGAUUCCGGCCACCCGGUAUGCCGCCGCCCUUCCCCAAUGCCGCCCCGAAACCUCUGCCGUACGGUUUGAAGCCGAAGAAAAAGUGGGACACCGAUGGCCCGAUGAAGCGGGCCAACUGGAACGGUUUGGAUGCGCAAAAGCUAUCGGAGAACUCGUUCUGGGUACAGGUGCAGGAAGAGAAACUAGCCGAUAAUGACAUUUUCGCACGACUCGCCAUGAAGUUCUCCUCGAAGCCGGCCAAACCAGUCGACAAAGAUGCCAGCGAUCGGCCACAGUCGUCGAAGAAAAAUAUCGAUCUGCGCGUGCUGGACGGCAAAGCGGCACAGAACCUUUCCAUCCUGUUAGGCGGGUCGCUGAAGCACCUUUCAUACGAGCAGAUCCGUACGUGUCUGCUGCGCUGCGACACAUCCGUGCUCAGUCCGAGCGUACUCCAGCAGCUCAUCCAGUAUCUUCCGCCGCCGGAUCAGCUGAAGCGACUGCAGGAGAUACGGGCGCGCGGUGAAGAUUUGGCCGGUGCGGAACGGUUUGCGGCCACGAUCAGCGACAUCAAACGGCUCGGGGCACGGUUGCAGAGUCUCAGCUUCAAGAUCGACCUGCCGGACAUGGUGCAGGAUGUGAAGCCGGACAUAGUGGCCGGAACGGCCGCAUGCGAGGAGGUGAAAACGAGCAAAAAAUUCGCAAAGGUGCUGGAACUCAUCCUUCUGCUCGGUAACUACAUGAACUCGGGAUCGAAAAAGGAGCUCGCCUUUGGGUUCGAAAUGAGUUUCCUGCCGAAGCUGUCCAAUACCAAGGACUACGAAAACAAGCAGACACUGCUGCACUAUCUCGCCGAGGUAAUCGAGAGCAAGUUCCCGGAAGCGCUCACCUUCCACGAGGAUCUUUCCCACGUCGAUAAGGCAUCGCGCGUGAGCUUGGACACGAUACAAAAGACGAUGCGACAGAUGCAAAACUCGCUGAAAAACCUCGAAUCGGAUCUGAACAACAACAAAGUGCCGCAAAGCGAAGACGAUCGAUUCCUCGAGGUGAUGGGUCAGUUUGCGGUUGAGUGUCGGGCGCAGGUCGAAGUGUUGGGCCGUAUGCUCGCGCAGAUGGAAUCCCUGUUUACCAGCCUGUCCGAGUACUACUGUUUUGAUCCGGCCAAGUACACGAUGGAAGAGUUCUUCUCCGACAUUAAAACGUUCAAGGAUGCGUUCGUCCAGGCACACUCAGACAAUCUGCGGUUGCGCGAGGAGGAAGAGAAACGGCAACGGGCGCAGGAAGCGAAGGAGCGUGCCCAGCGGGAACUGCACGAACGCCAGCAGCGCAAGGUGGAUCUGAUCAGUAUCGAUCCGGGCCAAACGCAAGAAGGCGUUAUGGAUAGUUUGUUGGAAGCGCUCCAGACCGGUUCGGCGUUUGGCAAUCGGGAGCAGCGUCGACGACGCGGACCUCGACCGGCCGGUGCCGAACGGCGUGCACAGCUUAAUCGUAGUCGAUCGCGAACCGGCAUCACGGCGAAUGCGUUCUCCAGUCGGGAAAUGCUUUCGGAACUCCUCGGGCCGGCGUAG